UGGUACUUCGGGGACCUGGGGUGCCGCAUCCUGCUCAGCCUGGACCUGCUCACCAUGCACGCCAGCAUCUUCACCCUCACUCUCAUGUGCACCGAGCGGUACCUGGCCGUCACUCGGCCCCUGGACACCCUGAAGCGGUCGAGAGGCUACCGGAAGGUCACAGCAGGAGCUGUCUGGUCAGUCUCGCUGCUCCUGACUCUGCCCAUGAUGCUGAUGGUCACCCUGACCGAGGGGGGAAAGGCGGAGGGCAAGGUGAAGAGGAUGUGUGCACCCACCUGGAGCGUGGACGCCUACCGGACCUACCUGACGGUGCUCUUCAGCACCAGCAUCAUGGCCCCGGGAAUCAUCAUUGGCUUCCUCUACACGCGCCUGGCCAGGACCUACCUGGAGUCCCAGAGGAACCCCCCCCACAAGGAGAAGAGCAGGAGAUCCCCCCGGCAGAAGGUCCUCAUCAUGAUUUUUAGCAUCGUGCUGGUCUUCUGGGCCUGCUUCCUGCCGUUCUGGAUCUGGCAGCUGGUGCGACUCUACAGCAGCUCCCUGCAGCUCACCACCCAAACCCAAAAGUGCAUUAACUACCUGGUGACCUGCCUGACCUACAGCAACAGCUGCAUCAACCCCUUCCUCUACACCCUGCUCACCAAAAACUACCGGGAGUACCUGCGCAACAGGCACCGCAACUUCUACAGGUUCACAUCCUCCUUUCGCAAGAGGGGCUCCAACCUGCAGUGCUCCUGGGGACGGUCCAUGUCCUCCAGCAACCAGUACGACUACAGCUCGGAGGCCCUGGGCAUGGCCACACUGAAGGACAAGUGA